AUGCCGCACCGUCUGAAGACGACGUACUCCAUGCUUGGCCUCAAUGGCCGCGCGCUGCCUCCACCACCACCGCAGCCGGAGCCGGAGCCGCAGCACGACACGGAGUACAGCUCCGACGACGACGAGGACCCACGGUUCGCGGUGUGGCACGAGGCCUACGUCGCAGACGCGGAAGCUGAGGAGGCGGAGGAGGCGGCGCAGUGGGGUGAGCAGCCGCAGGCCCUCGCCGACCCGGAGCAGACGGCGAUCCUGGUGUCGUUGAACGUGCAACGCUUCCAGAGGUUGAAGGAGGAGGAGCGGGAGUUCUUCAACAAUGCAAACCUCGAGCAUGCCCUCAUGGAGGCGCGACGCCUCCUCAUGGAGGCGCAGCAACAGAAGCUCUGCGAGCUCAACGCUCAUCGCCAUUAUGAGGCGUUCGCCCGCGAGCAGGCGAGGCACGUUGAGAUCGAGGCUUCUCGCCAAAGGCUAGAAGCGCGGGGACAGCACCGCCGGCAAGCUCCUGCGACGCCAACCGCCAUGCUCCACCGUCAGAUGCGCGAAGCAAGGGACGAAAAGCGGGCACGGACGCAGGCAGCAAAGGCGAAGAACGAUGACGAGGCAGGCCCGUCGCGUACCCCAACCGACGGCCAUUAG